AACUUUUUUGAUCCGGCUAAGCAACCAAACCGACCACUGACCAGCAGGCACGGAGCCACGGACGAGAGAGACAGAGAAAGAGAGUUUAUUUGAGAAGAUGAGUUACCAGAAAGCUUCUCAAGAAUCCUACCCUCCACCAGGAUACCCGUAUCCGUAUCCACCGCCGGGGUACCCAUCAGGUCCUCCGCCACCGCCGCCGCCGUAUGGAGGGUACCCACCACCACCACCUGGGUAUCCUCCACCACCUCCACCGCCGCCGCCGCCGUACGAAGGGUACCAAGGGUAUUUCAAUGAGGGGUACCCUCCGCCUCCGCCUCCACAGCAGCAAUACCAGCAGCACUAUCACUACGAGCAUCAGAAUUACCAAGAACAAGAUGGUUGUAUGUCUUUCUUACGAGGCUGUUUGGCUGCGCUAUGCUGCUGUUGUUUGUUGGAGGAGUGCUGCUUCUUCUUUUGAUGAUAAUGGAAAUGGAUUGGAUUGUUUCUAAUGUUUGCAUAUGCUUCGAUUCUGUGUUGGACGAAUACUGCACCUGAGCAACCUCUAUAGAUUUUGCAUGAAAGUGCAUUAGUGUCGUUAUUUAUGUUCGAGGCUUCUAGCCUCGUAUAUUUUAUGCAGUUGUUUUAUGUGGUGUUCUUCUAUCCUAACUUGUAAAUUGAAAGCAGUACAGAGCUGCUUGUGUGGGAACACAAAUGCUUACGUUUUAAGUAUUUUGAUAAAUAAAACAAAGUGAACCCCCAUAAGCUGGUUGUGUCUUGUAGUUUGGCAUG